UACACGCAUGCGUUGUUGUCAAGAUAUACAAUAAUGGCGGUCCAUGUGCAGUCUUGUUUACAAAAAUGACAUCUCUGAGUGUGUUUUGAAGACAUGUUGAAGAAAUGAAUAAUUGGUGUUAAUGACAAGUAUGGAUACACUUGGCUGUAUUUAAAACUAGUCGAAAUGGCGAUGGAAAAGCAAUAUGUCAUACGUGAAACUCACACAAGGUCCAUCACUGCCCUGGGAUACAACCCUGCUCGGCGGGAGAUUCUAAUGGGAUGUGAAGAUGGUGUGAUCAAGGUAUGGGAGGCUGAGAGCGGGAAGUUGUUGUUGACAUCAACAGAACAUGGGGGAUGGGUCACAGACUUCCUCUUCUGGGCCAGGGCCAAGCUCAUGCUGUCAGCUGCCAAUGAUGGUUUUAUUGUUGCGUGGGGGUCCGGUGGUGCGCUAUAUGACAAGAUCCAGAUUGGUGUGCCUGUGUACUGCCUGGCGCUCAACCCACGGCGCCAUCAGCUGGUCUGUGGGGUGAAUGGCGGCAUCAGAGUGUACAGCCUUGAUGAAAACAAAGAGUGUGGGCAUGUCGUCAACAACCGGGUGCUGUAUGUAGCCAGAGAACACACGGAUAUCGUCAGGAACAUUGUGUGUUACGAGUCACGGAUAUACUCCGCUGGGUAUGACAAGAAGCUUGUGAUAUAUGACUCGUCCUACACAGGAGACAACAGUCUGGAGGCAGUGUUCAUCAACCCGCAGGCUCAUGAUGCUGGGAUAUCCUGCCUCCUUCUGGCUCGAGACAACGAGAACAACACAUGGAUCUUGACGGGGUCGUUUGACAAGAGUGUGAAGAUAUGGUCACUUGACGGCAAGCUGGUACACAAACUGGACAACUUCACGGCCACUGUGACCGGCAUCUGCUAUGUGCCUCGCAACAAGACCGUGUGGGCUGCUGGAGGGAUGUCGUAUGCCAGCCUCUUUGACCCAAAGUCAGGGGACAACGUGUCAGACUUCAUUGGAACGUUCCAGAACCAGGAGGAGGAGAAGUACCAGCUGCAUCUGCUCCAGUUCUUCCCGGAACUCAACCAGGUCGUGGCGUCCACCAGUAGGCGCCACCUGGUGGUGUGGAAGUAUCACUCGUCCGGCUGCAUCACAGCUCUCAAGUGCAAAGCUCCACUGGAGAGUCUUUGUUAUACUCGUAAGGUGCCAAUCCUCAUCUUCUCCGGGGACAACGAAGGUGUAAUAAUGAAGUGGGAGAGGAUGCAGUCCAACCAUUUCAUGUAUAGUAAGGAGCUGUUCCUUCUGAGUGACUCCAAGCUGAAGAAGAAGCGUCGGGCAGGAAGUAAGGCCAGGGAGCUGAUGAUCGAGCAGCAGAUGCUGUCACAGAUUCUUCCUCCAUCAAGUCGGACCGAAACUGCCAGCUCACAGAAGUCCAGCAACAAGAACAUCACCAGUCACUAUGCCUUCAAUAAGCCCAUGAUACCUCCUGUGUCAACUCACAACCAUCCCAACACGACAAUACUCAAGAUAGUGUUUGUGGAGAGUUUGGACUUCAUCCUCGCAGCCUCCGAGGACAGCAAUAUCUAUGUCUGGGGGUUUGACGAGGCUGCGGUUGAGGUGCUACGGAACAUGAAGCCUCAGGACCUGGAGGCUCUCAUCAACAAGUACGCAGUGUUGCUGGACUCCGCCUCCGAGCUGCUGCCCAAGAACACCACCCAGAAGAGGGAGAGUGACUCCGUGACAAACCGCGUGGCCGGGUUCGUGUGCAAGUUUGUGUUCUCGGAGCACAUGAGUUGUGUGACCAGCCUGGUGGCGGUGGGCCGGGAGCACGGACAGAACAGCACAUACGUUCUGAGCGGUGGCUGGGACCGGAGGAUCUGUAUCUGGGACCUGGAGAAGGGACGACUCCAUGACAACUUCCGGGCAGCGAACUCUGCUCAUGGUCAAGACAACAUGGAGCUGGCAUGUGACGGUGUCAUCCUCUGUAUGGACUACUCCCCCAGCAAGAAUGAAUUUGCUUAUGCCUCAAGUGACAAGAUGGUUUAUAUACGCAAAUUCUCAACAGAUGGUUCAAAGAUGACCUUGGUGAACACAUUACAAGGCCAUGAUGGGGAGAUAACCUGUGUUCAGUGGAACCCGAUCACCAGCAAGUGGGUGACUGGCUCCGAGGAUGGUACAGUGAGAAUCUGGUCUGGGAGUGGCAUGAAUGAGUGUGAGACAAUCCUGUCGGUGCAAGGCGGCGUGGCCUGUCUGUGUAUGGACAAGAUUCACGGCGCCAUCGUAGCAGGCAUCCAGAACACCAUCAGGGUGUAUGAAGCCGAGUUCUACCGCCUCGUUCAGAGUAACCUGGGCCACACUGAGUCCGUGCGCAGCAUUAUACACAUCCCAGAGAGGAAUCAGUACGUGUCAUGUUCAUGGGAUAAGACAAUCCGAGUGUGGAAUGCUUGGAAGUUACCAAGGCGACGGAAACAAACAACUAAGAUGUCAGAGAAGCGCAAGAACAGUGAAGAUGGGAAGCAGACAGUUCCUGAUGGGAAGGCCGACGACGAUGGGAAGGGGGAGAAGUUGGAGGGAAUGUCAGAGGAAGAGGAAGAAGAGGAGGCGGAGGACAUGAAGGAGACAAGUCCAGCGGCAGGAGAAGAACGCCAGAAAGAGGAAUAAGUUUGUGGAAAACUUGAAAAUUUUAGUCAAUAUUCAAUCUGUCAUAAUUCCUGGAAUUGUCAUGGUCUUCGUUUUUGCCAUAUCAUUGUAGAUAUGUGUAUAGAACUUGUUUGUGAAAAUUGUGCUUGCCAAUGAAGUGUUGCCAAAUUUGCUUCCAAAUCAUGUGCUAGUUGUGUAGGUUAGUAAUCAUGUCAUUGUAAUGAUUGGCUUCAGAAAGUCCGACAUGAGUAUAAACAUAUCUACCUUAAGGGCAGCAGAUGUUAGAUAUAUUGUAUAUUUGUAUAUUUAUUUUCAUGUCCAUAUACAUAUUGCCUAGUGCAUGAUCUCCAAAGUAACCAAAAGGUUUGUGUAUCCUCCAAGUAGACAACUGAUAUUAUCUGUUAAUGCAUCAUGCCAGUCCCUGCAUUAUCUGUGAUAUCGGUGUGGCAGUUUAUUCAUCCCGAAAUAAAUGUAUUUCCCAUCAUG